AUGCUUGCUGCUGUGGUAAAGGAGUUUGGUGGUCCUAGUGUGAUCAAAGUGCUGUCCAAUGUACCCAUACCUGUGAUAGAAUCUAGUGAACAGAUUCUCGUUCGUGUUGCGGCAUCUGGUGUCAAUCCUGUGGAUACCUAUAUUCGGAAUGGGCAGUAUGCUGUUAAACCUAAACUACCGUAUACGCCCGGGAGAGACGGAGCAGGUAUCGUGGAAGAGGUCGGCGCUGAUGUUCGCAAUGUCAAAGAAGGUGACCGUGUCUACUUCGCCUGGUCUAUUACGGGCAGUGCAGCCGAGUAUUGCCUUGUAGAUAGGGUAUUCCCUUUGCCAUCUGGUAUUUCCUUCCAAGAAGGUGCAUGCAUUGGAAUCCCAUAUGGCACAGCUUACAGGGCUCUUUUUCUGUAUGGGGAAGUUCAGAAAGGGCAGCGAGUACUAGUGCAUGGCGCCUCUGGAGGAGUGGGAAUAGCAGCGGUGCAGAUGGCUGCCGAUCACGGAGCUGCUGUUGUGGGUACAGCCGGUACAGACGAGGGCAUGGAUCUGGUCAAGCGUAAUGGUGCCAGCGAUGUGUUCAAUCAUAAGUCCAGAGGAUAUGUAAAGGAGAUGAUGGAGAAGUAUCCAGAAGGUAAGCGGUUCUACUCCUGA